AUGGUCGUCUAUGGAGGUGACGAGGUCUCUGCCGUCGUGCUCGACAUCGGCACCUCGACGACGCGAGCAGGUUAUGCCGGCGAGGAUUCACCCAAGAGCAUCAUCCCGACUUCUUACGGCUACGUGCCCGCUCGAGACGGCAAGGAGGCCCAGCAUUACUUCGGACAGGCUGGCCCCAACGUCUGGCGAGCUCACCAACGUGUCCUCAACCCUUGCCAAGACGGCAUUGUCGUCGACUGGGAUGCGGCAGAGCAGCUCAUUCACUCCUCCCUCACCGGACAACUGCGGAUACCCAGUCUGGCAGACAGUCCGCUUCUGACCACAGAGCCUAGCUGGAACACAAAAGCCAACAGGGAACGCAUGCUCGAGAUUGCGUUCGAGACCUGGCAGGCGCCUGCAUACUAUACCGUCGACCGCGCCGUGCUCGCUGCCUUCUCGGCUGGCAAGGGUACUGCUCUCAUCGUCGACAUCGGUCAGGAGCUCGCUACCGUCACGCCAGUCUUUGACGGCUUUGUUCUGCGCAAAGCCAUACAAAAAUCCUCUCUCGCCGGCGGACUGCUCAACACGAGCCUGAGCACAUCCUUCCGGACGCAGCAGCCGCCAUUGCAAGUGCGGCCUCACUACCUCGUCAAGUCAAAGACCCCCGUCGAGCCAGGACAGCCUGCCAAUGCGGUCUACCGCGAGGAGAGGAUGCCUCACUUCGCGCCUGCCCCCGUCGCCGCGGCGGAGGGCGAUGCGGUCAUGCAGGACAGCAAUGCCGGACCGACAGAGGAUGAUAUCACGACAGCAAGCUUCCAUGCGUAUGCAGAAGCCAAAGUCAUGACCGAAUAUAAAGAGACAACGGCCGCCGUCUUUGACCACCCCUGGGAUGAGAAGGCUGUUACGCAACGGGGCUCAAAGCCUUUCGAAUUCCCAGACGGCUUCAAUACCUACUUUGGCAUGCAUCGUUACGCCAUACCCGAAGUCCUGUUCAACCCGCGCUUCCUGCCAGCUGCUUUCACUCAUCUACCGUCACCCUCGGCGCAUUCGGGCUCGACCAUCCCCACGCCAGCUCCGGGCGAAUCAGUCUCGAUCCCUCACAUGAUCAUCAACGCCGUCAAUGCUUGUGACGCCGAUGUCAUGCCUCAGUUGUUGCUCAACAUUGUCGUCGUGGGCGGUACUACAUCGAUGCCUGGCUUUACAGAUCGUCUGCAGAGAGAGAUGGAGUCCCUCUCGGGCAGUCUCAAGGUCAAAAUACAUGCGCCUGGCAAUUCAGUUGAGCGCAAGUAUGCUUCAUGGCUAGGCGGCUCCAUUCUCGCCAGCUUGGGCACAUUCCAUCAGCUCUGGAUAUCAGCAGCAGAAUACAAAGAGCAAGGAAAGACGAUCAUCAACAAAAGAGCGCGGUAG